GCCGGGAGCCUGCAGCGGAUGGAGCCAGCGGCCAGGGGUCUUAAGAAGCAAUGGCCACAGAAGCCCCUGUGAACAGAGCCCCCGGUGGUCGCAGCUCUGUUGUCCUCAGCACGUCUGACAGCUACACUUGGCACCCGAACUCACUAAAUAUGCACGUCAUCAGACCCAAGUCUGCCAAGGGACGAACUCGGCCGAGCCUGCACAGGCCCCCCAGCUCAGGGGGGUGUGCUCAGGGCUCCCCAUCUUCUCCACCCUCAGCCAUUCCCUGUGAGACAUCACUGAAUAGCCAGAAGCCCAGAGCCUGCACCCCAAAGUCUCUGCCCCAGGGGACUCCUGAUGAGAUCUCGGAGCUGCUGCAGCAGCAGGUGCCUAUCGGGGCCGCCUCCUCCCUCAAUAAGUACCCGGUCCUCCCGUCCAUCAACAGGAGGACCCCGGAGGAGGAGGAGGAGGAGGAGGCAGUGGAAACCAUAGCCAAGAAGGCAGGGUCACUGCAACUGAGCAGCCCUUGGGCUCUCUACCACAAGGAAGCUCGUACCCUGAAGACAAGUGAAGGAGACCUCAGGGCUCAAGGAAGUUGUUCCCCGGGAGGGAUACCUGUGCCUCGAUCCCAGAAACAAACUGGGGACAUGGAGGAGCCAUCUGAUCUCGAGCCCAGGCUGCUGCUCGCCAUCCGAUCACCGUCUGGCCGAAGGUUCGUGCGUCACUUCCGGCCCACCGAUAACUUGCAGACGGUGCUGGCCGUGGCUGAACGCAGGAACGGGACCACCUACCAACAGUGCAGCAUCGAGACCCUAGAGGUGCCCAGGAGGCGUUUCUUUGACCUCACCAAGUCCCUGCAAGAGUGCAGAAUCCUCCACAAGUCCGUGCUCGGCAUCUCACAGCAGCCCGGGGAGGGGUGGCCCUGAGUCCUCCGCCCGCAGAUGGCAUUCUGGGUCUCUGAGGAGGAGGUAUCCCGGGGUGCCAUGGCCUCGCCAAGCAGCUGAGUUGCAAGUGCCACAUGAACCGGGUGCUGCUGUGGUUCGUGGGACUCCCCCUUCGGAGCUCCUGGUUGGAGCAUCGACAUUUUCUCACAUCCUCUCCCUGGGGGCAGGGGGGUGCAGGUCUCUCCCCUGCUGCAGUGGCUCAGAUGCCCCGCAUCAGCCUGGCCACACUGUCUCCUUCGCAGGGUUUGGGAUCUUUGCUUAUCUUCACAAUGAGCUCUCGCGGGCUUGUGGCGGGCGGUUUGUCUUGGUGUCUCUGGUGCAGGAUGAAACACUUCGCAGAGAGACUCUGGUCUGAUGGGUCAGCAGGGUUUGGGAAGCCUGCAUCUGCCUCUUCCAUUUCUUAUCAGGGGCAUCAUUAAGAAGCGGCAGUCUUGGUUCCUGUGUAGGAGGCAGCCCUCCUUGUGGGCUGGAGUGGCAGGGUUUCAAGGCAGGGCCUCUGCGUACGUGAGGUGACUUCAGGGGAAAGAACAGGCUUCUGCUUAGAUGGACCCCCAGCAUUUCCCCGGCCACUGGGAGCUAGCGAUCUGAUCCCUCCUGCAACCCUGGCUUGGCCAGGAACUACUAAAUACACACCCAUCAGGUCACAACUUCCAGCAGAUGUUGUAUGCAAAAAUCCCGCCACAGUGCGACGUGACUUCCUCUGCUUUUGUUCGUAAUGGAAUCUUUGGAUUCCAAACCAUACAAAUCUAAAUUUUCCUAAAGCAUCCCGGCUUACCUGGUUGCAGAUACCUUGUUUUGCAACCCAAUUUCUCCUCUGAUUGGGAUCUCUCGGAGGAUGCCGGCCCCCCCCUGGCUGGCUGGACCAGUGGUCACGUUGCUGUGUUGGCCUGUCCCUGAAGGCUGGGGGCUGACUGAUUGACCGACAGUGCAUCCAGAUGCCUCGGCCACGGCCAAGAUAGAGUACACAAAGGCUGGUUUUUUCAACGCACAAGAGGUAACUUAUACAGUUUGCCAAAGUUUUCUUGUGUUAGAAUUUUAAUGAGACUCUCCCAUCUCAUUUGGAUUUUCUGGUCAAAUCCCCCUUCAGAGUGAGGAACACCCCCCUCCCACCCACACCCUGCCAUGCCCAGGGAGCUUGGCCAUUACGAAGUCCUGAGAAUUGAACUGCACCCUGCCUCCUAGGUAUUGAGAGCUAGCAGGAGUUCUAGAAGCAUGUCAGGGCUGCUCCCUCAGCAACAAUGCCCCUGGUGCAGACAUAGGGAACGUUGUGAGAAAUGUUACUUGCAGCAGAUCAAUGCUUAGUUGUGGAUAUUGGCACCCUAGGGCUUUGCUUGGAUGCAGGCGAGCCUUAAGCUCACCAGGUCCCACACCACCCAGCCCACUGAAGGACAGUUUCUUUCUAAAGGUUUUGCUGGAAUUUCUUAACACCUUUCUGACGGGUAGGUCACACAACAGGCUGCCUCUCUCAGCUUCGGCAGAGGGGACUGGUAGUAGGAGCUGGGCCUCACGGUAUAGGCGUCUCCCCUCCUAGCCAGGACUCCAGCACAGAACCCUGAUCCCUAUGGAGGCUGGGGAAAGAGUCUCCCAUGAAAUCACACCUACUCUGUGGUAAGAAUAAAAUCCCGCCCACCUGGGACCCGGUCAUUUCUCCAGGCAAGCAGCCUAAGGAACUUCAGUGAAAUGGGCAAUGCUUGAAGGCGUUCAGUUUUUCUGCACUUGGGGGUUUGCUCCUGCUAUUUAGCAUAGAACUUGGGGUGAAAAAUAAUGGAGGGCAAACAGAUAGAUAAAUGAUAAGAUGAUUUUAGGAUGUGUGGCUAACGCUAAGUUUGAACCAUCUUGAUAAGCUUUAAUUUCCUUUUUUUUUUCUUUUUGCUUUUGGACAAAAGAUGAUGAUACCAACA